AUGACCACUAGAUACCGUACUCACCGCCGUGAUCAAUUGAUUGAAUGGAUCAAAGGCCUCCUUGCUGUACCAUUUGUGCUCCUAUCUCAGCCUACCGCACUUUUUGGCCAAGAUGGUAUUCAUGGUACUGAUGAGAUGGCUCGCAAUGCCCACGAGCGCUAUGCCCAGAUCAUGAGUGAUGUUGAAGGGCUCAUCAAUGACCACAUCUCACGCCAAAAAGAGGGCACACAUACCCAUUCCAAGCUCAAACUGCUAGUUCCGACUGUUGGUGUCUUCUUCACGCCUCUUAUGCUGAGAGAUGCGUUCGAAUGGCAAGACCAAAGACGAUACAUAAGUUCAAGGAGAUUUGUCGCCCCCAGUUUCAACGAUAUUCGUUUGAUUCUCAAUACUGCUCAAGUCAUGUCGUUGGUCAAGCACAGCCGGCUAGAUCUUGUCACAUUCGAUGGUGAUGUUACGUUGUAUGAUGAUGGCCAAUCUCUGACCGAUGACAACCCAGCCAUUCCUCGUAUCCUGGAGUUGAUGAGAAAUGGCACUCGCAUCGGGAUUGUGACUGCCGCUGGUUACACUGAAGCAUCAAAGUACUAUGGUAGAUUACACGGUCUACUCGACGCCAUAGCAACAUCUGAUCUCCCAAAUGAUACCAAGAAGAAUCUCAUUGUUCUUGGAGGAGAGGCGAGCUACCUCUUCCAAUUCGCUAGCGAGAGCCCGGACAGACUUGUUGCCAUCCCACGCAAGCAGUGGACGCUGCAGGAAAUGCAAUCUUGGACACAAGAAGAUGUUACAGAAUUGUUGAAUGUUGCAGAAAAGUCCCUUCACAGUUGUGUCGAUGCCAUGAGGCUCAAGGCUAACAUUCUUCGAAAAGAAAGAGCGGUUGGUAUCAUCCCAAUCGAAGGAUUCAAACUUUCGCGAGAACAGCUUGAGGAGACUGUUCUUGUCUGCCAGAAGACAUUGGAAAUGACUCCCGUUGGCAAGAGGCUACCAUUCUGCGCCUUUAAUGGAGGAAGCGACGUCUUCAUUGACAUUGGUGACAAGUCCUGGGGUGUUCUGAGUUGCCAGAGGUAUUUUGGCGGAAUAGAAGGAAACAAGUCUCUGCAUGUUGGCGACCAAUUCUUGUCAAUUGGCGCGAAUGAUUUCAAGGCUAGGCUUGCCUGUACAACGGCAUGGAUUGCUAGUCCGGCAGAGACUGUCGCACUUUUGGAUGAGAUCUCACAGCUUUCGACCGCUCCUGAUUCUCUUCCAGGAAAUGCAAAUUUCGAGGACCAAAGGAAGAUGAUCUGA